AUAUAAAAUGCUGGAGAGGAGCUCAGUCUGUGCUGGCUGCUAGAGGAGAAGGAGAUACACUGCAAGCUCCAACAAGUGCGCCAAAACUUGGAGGCCAGCCAAAUAAGACCAGAUCUACGUAUCCAGGCAGGGGAUUUUGCAGCGGGUGCUUAGACUACCAGACCACGGACGCUGUAGACUUCAUAGACUCAGUCUACAUCCUAAAAAAAUACAACUACAAUAGAAAUUCAUACUGUUUUUCCUAUCUGAAAAGCAGUGUUCAAAGCAGUGUAUUCAGCAAAGAACUGAAGAAAUUCUGUAAAGAUAUGGAGCUUGAUGAAGACCGUUGUAUCAAGAUGAAUGAUGGGAAUAAAAUUCCUGCAGUGGGAUUUGGUACCUAUUCCCCUGAUGAAGUUCAAAAAAGUAAAUGUAAGGAGGCAACAAAAGUGGCUAUAGAAGUUGGCUUCCGCCACAUUGAUGGAGCUUUUAUCUACGGGGUUGAGGAAGAGGUUGGGCAAGCCAUUCGCGAAAAGAUUGCUGAUGGAACAGUCAAAAGAGAGGACAUAUUUUACACAGGAAAGCUUGCAAGUAACUUUCACCGUCCUGAACUUGUCCGAAGCUGCCUGGAACAAUCACUGAAGAAACUUCAGUUUGAAUACCUUGAUCUCUUCAUUAUCCAUAUGCCCACGUCUCUAAAGCCUGGGCCAGAUCUAUUACCCAUGGAUGAAAAUGGUAAGGUCAUUUUCGAUAUUGUAGACCUGCGUCAAACUUGGGAGGCCAUGGAAGCAUGUAAAGAUGCAGGAUUGGUGAAGUCGAUCGGGGUUUCCAACUUCAACAUCAGACAGCUGGAAAUGAUCCUGAACAAAGCCGGGCUCAAGUACAAACCUGUUCUCAACCAGGUUGAAUGUCACCCUUACCUCAACCAAAGCAAACUGCUGGCCUUCUGCAAAUCCAAUGGUAUCCUCCUUGAAGCCUUUCAUACUCUGGGCUCACAGCGAGGGAAGAUGUGGAUCGAUCUAAGCACCCCAGUUCUGCUGGACGACCCUGUAUUGGGAGCAAUUGCAAAAAAAUACAACCGAAGUCCUGCUCUAAUAGCUCUGCGCUACCAGCUGCAGCGCGGUAUCGUGGUCCUCUUUAAGAGCUUCACCAGAGAGCGUAUUGAAGAAAACUUCCAGGUUUUUGACUUCCAGCUCUCUGCUGAGGACAUGAAAAUCAUUGAUGGGAUGAACAAAAACAUUACCUACCUGAAGUUAACACCGCUUGAGGACCACCCUCAGUUUCCAUUUAGAGAUGAAUAAUAGAAAGAAUCUUCUCAGUGUACCUGAGUUUAUUUCAGAUGUAAGGAAUCAGACGUACAUUUCUUCUCCUUACCCCCACUCCAGUGAUUAGUCCUAGAGAAGCACUCGGUUCUGGAAACCCUCCUUCUGCUGGUGAUAUCAGGAGAUCUACCCUGUAUUUUAAACGGAAGUUCUAAACAACCCAAUCUCGGAAUGGAAUGGUUUUUGAUGGCUAAUUGGGAAAAAAUAAAGGUGUCUGUGUAAUGUA